AUGAGGAACAAAUUUGUAGACUAUACACGGCUCGCUUUACUCUUGCUACAGUCAUCAUUUGUUCUCAACAAUCCUAUUGCAUUCGAAUCGGUGCUAGUCUUGUAUUCCCAGAGAAACUUCCGUCGACUGGCAUUCGAAAAACUGACAGAUGUGGAUUUUGCGGGCACAGCGUACUACACUGUACGGAACUUGUCGCUUUACGAGUGUCAUGGCUGGUGCAGAGAAGAGCCCGACUGUCAGGCAGCCGUAUUCAGUUUCGUGCUGAAUCCUUUAACUCCGGUACAAGAAACGCGUUGUUUGCUACAAAAUGAUACUCAAGCCAACAAUCCUAUGGCUAUACCACAGCGUUCUGUCAAUACAUACUACAUGGUGAAACUUCAAAUCAGAUCAGAACACUUGUGUUUGCGGCCUUGGGCAUUUGAAAGAGUACCAGGCAAAGCGCUUCGGGGACUCGACAAUAGUAUAAUAUACACUUCUACGAAGGAGGCUUGCCUCGCUGCUUGUCUCAAUGAGAAAAAAUUCGUCUGUCGGUCCGCUGAGUACGAGUACGGGAGUAUGCGAUGUGCACUUAGCGACUCUGAUAGGCGCACAUCUCAACACUUUGCACCUCUCGUGGAUACGCCGGGAACCGAUUAUUUUGAGAAUCUGUGCCUGAAGGGAACGCAAGCGUGCAAUGGACAGAGGGUGUAUACUGCGCCGCGUGUGGGAGUUGCCGAGGACAAAGUAGCGCAGUACGCUGGCUUACAUUACUACACAGAUAAGGAGUUACAGGUGACAUCUGAAUCCGCAUGUAGACUCGCAUGUGAGAUCGAAUCGGAGUUUCUUUGCCGUUCAUUUCUGUACUUAGGCGCGCCGCAUUCAGCUACAUACAACUGUCGCUUAUAUCAUCUCGACCACCACACACUGCCUGACGGACCCUCGGCCUAUUUGAACGCUGAAAGACCCCUCAUUGAUGAUGGAGAACCUAUUGGGAGAUACUUUGAAAAUUUCUGCGAGAAGCCACCUGCCAAUCCGAGUGGCGAACUGCCUAUCUCUAUAGAUCACCAACAAGAUACUAACAUGCCUAGCAACUUAACGAGGAAUGACGCCAACUGUGACAAGACGGGAACUUGCUACGAUGUAUCAGUACACUGUAAGGAUACAAGGAUCGCAGUGCAAGUGCGCACAAAUAAGCCAUUCAAUGGGAGGAUCUAUGCAUUGGGCCGUUCGGAGACUUGCAACAUAGAUGUAGUUAAUAGCGAUCUCUUCAGAUUGGAUCUCACCAUGGCUGGACAGGACUGUAACACUCAAAGUGUCACUGGUGUAUAUUCCAAUACGGUCGUGCUUCAACACCACAGUGUGGUAAUGACGAAAGCAGACAAGAUCUACAAAGUCAAGUGCACAUACGACAUGAGUUCGAAGAACAUUACAUUUGGAAUGGUGCCCAUCAGAGAUCCAGAGAUGAUUUCUAUCACUGCCGCUCCCGAGGCGCCGCCGCCACGCAUCCGCAUCUUGGACGGCCGACAGCGCGAGGUCGAGACCGUGCGUAUUGGAGACCGUCUUACGUUCCGCAUCGAAAUACCAGAAGACACACCAUAUGGUAUCUUUGCGCGCAGUUGUGUUGCUAUGGCCAAAGAUUCGAAGAGUACAUUUCAAAUCAUCGACGACGAAGGGUGUCCAGUUGACCCCUCAAUAUUCCCAGCGUUUACUCCCGACGGUAACGCGCUACAAUCAGUGUACGAGGCCUUCAGAUUCACCGAGUCGUACGGUGUUAUAUUCCAGUGCAAUGUGAAAUACUGUCUCGGCCCUUGCGAACCUGCUAUGUGCGAAUGGGGCAGAGAAUCUGUUGAGUCGUGGGGAAGAAAGAGGCGUUCGUUACCUCACAAUGAAACCGAAGCUCACAAUCAAGAAGAAGACAUGAACAUCUCCCAAGAAAUCCUUGUCCUCGAUUUCGGUGAUGAGAGACAGAGUACUGACUUCUUGAGAUCUGAUAAACCUGGUGGUACCGCCAGUGAAACCAACUUUGGAGAGAAAACCGUGACCAUUGUCGAGCCUUGUCCGAGCAAGUCUUCCGUCCUGUUGCUUGGAGUUGCUUGUGCAUUGUUAGUUCUUCUGUAUAUUGCUACCAUCUUCUGCUAUUAUAUGCGCAAAUGGCUGGCGCCUCCAAAACAUAUGUCA